UUUUUGUUCCUUUAGUAAGAUAUAUGUUUUACACUUUAAAUGUACUUUACGCUCACGCUCCAAAGGAUUAGAAAUUUUGAAGCCGAAAGUAUAAAAUAUCUCUUUUAGUGAAAGUAUCAAAUCAGAUUAUUUACACUGUUUUAGUUUUUCGAUCAGUAAAAGAAUCCAAGUGAGAUUAACUGCUGCUCAUUUUGCUUAAUUAAGUACAAAAGUGGAACAUAGUAAAUUGUGAAUCAGUCAACAGACAGUAUUAAAAUGGGAGAUGACACUCGUACUAAUUCCAACCGACCUCAAAGACAUACGGCAAAGAGUGAUCAACGUUUUGACGCUGGUCGACGUGUUAUAAUGAGUACGUUUAAAGUGGACAAGGCACGAGACGAAGCCAACCACAAUGAAGAUAAUAAGAAGAGAAAAGAUGAAAGCGAGAAAGAGGACAAAAUUGACGAUGAUAUGGACAGAAACCGUCUACAUCCAAAAGAUGAAAUGAAAAUUUUGAAACAUUGGGGGCUUCUAAAGAAAACAUUGAAUAUAGCACAAAUCAUUGAUCCGUUGAUUGAAAAGGGAGUAAUAACACCGGAGAGGUGGAUGAAAUUGAAAAGAAACCAGAAGACGGAUCAGGACACUGUUGAAGAAUUUCUGUAUUUUCUUCUGAAAAGUCAUCACGACGCUUAUGAAAUAUUUUUGAAAUCACUAAAGUCACGUGAAUAUGGUCACGUUGCAAAUCAGUUAGAAAGGACUGGAGCAGACGACACCAGUCCCCCUGUAUCGCUAUCAUCCGAAGGCUCAAAUCAAAACAACAGGCACAUUGGACGUCCUACAACCAUUAACAGAAUAUUUCCUCGUCAGAGCGCGCCAGUUAUACCCGAUCCAAGGAAUGGAGCGAAUGAAGGCGAUAGGAACGUCAGUGCCGCACAAACUGUAUUGGCUGAACAUGGAGCCAUCUCUGCAAACACAAGAAGCAACACCGUCAAACCAGAGGACCUCCAUAGAAUGAAGGAAGAGAUCACAGGGGAGUUACGAGAACUUAGAGCAAAUAUUGAAAAGGACAGGGAUGAGGACAGAUUAGAAUUGUGCAUUUUACAGCGCAAACAUAGUGAACUUCAAGGUGAUCUAGCUAAGACUAAAGGCGACAGGGAACAACUGAAAGCCGAGCUUACAUUUGUCACGGAGACUGUGAAAGUCCUGAAAGCUCAGAUUGAACUGAAACAAUCCGAAUAUAAUCAGGUGAAAGACAAAAAUCAGGACUUAGAGAAAAAGCUUGAGAAUAGGUCCGGGCACCUAGAAAAACUCAUCCGAGAGAAGGAAAGAGAGAAAAGUGAUCUGGUGAAAACAUUAAAGACAAAGGAGGGAGAAUACAAACAAUUGCAAAGUAUGCUUGAAAGAUUGAAAGAGGAACACGAAGACAGACAUGCUCGGUUAAAAGGCUUAACAAAAGACAAAGUGACCCUGGAAAAAGAGGUACAACUUUUAAACAAAGAGAAGAAAAAUUUAGAAGUGAAAAUAAAAUCAUUAGAGCAACAUAUCAGAGUUCUUCAAGAAACACAUGCACGUGAGACAGGUGACAUUAAACAGGAAUUACUUAAGCAGAAAACACUUCUUGAGGAGAAAGAAAAAGAAAGACUUGAUCUGGAAAAGAAACUUCAAGAAAGCGUCCGAGAGAAUGAAAAUCUGAAGAAAACCAAUCAUGAUCUUGUAGAGAGUUUGCAGAAAACCAAAGACGAAAAAGCACAUCUGCAAGAAAAACUUCACAAAGCUGACAUGACGAAAUAUGUGCUCCCGCCAUUUUUAGCCGGAAGUAGAUCCACACGUACUGGAUGGAAUCCAAAGAAUUUACGCAGAUAGAGCUUUAUAUUUAAAGUUUCAGAGACAAUCAGUUUAAAGUAAUAAAUAAAGUGCUAAGAAGAAUGUUCCUGAUAAGAUAUUUUUAUACAAUUUUAUGAACCUUG